AUGGUGGUGACAACGUAUGAUGUUGUCAUUGUCUACUUAGGUCCUUUGUGCCAAUCCAGGUGCCACAUCGUUGACACUCGGCGGAUCAUGACCUCAUCAAUCCGGUUGCGGUCCUCGUAUUCUUCGGUGUUGGUUGGGACCGGAUGCGGUCCCUUCUUUGGGGGUCGAAAAACAAUGCUAGGACUACUACCACCUAUGUUUCCUGGUUUCUGGUUUCCUAGUUUCCAGAAACCUAGAAACCAGGGGAAACCACUGAAAACCCGGAAUCUAUUUUUCCAUCUUACUGAUGUAGCUGGCACCUUUUUGGUCAAUAUUUGGCAGUGGCCGUCAUCGGGGGCACCAAUGGAUUUCUACACAGGGUUUGAAUUGCUUUUAUCUGGAUGCUGUCUUUUCCUGUUGUCUUCCCCAACCUGGGUGUGGACGCUAGCGUUGUCAAUGUCAGUGCAUAUUCUGAUUAUCAAGAGUGAGAAGGCAAGCAUGAUUUCAGCUGUGGACAAUCAGCAGCAAUGGUAA